AUUCCGCAACGAUGUACGGUGGGGUUGGGUACAUGCGAUAAGUGCACUUUGUCCGUAUACAUAUUUUCUUUCGAACUUGACCUCGCUAGUUCUUCGAAGUUAGUCCUCUUAAUGGUUGUUCUGUAAUAAUUCGAUUUUAUUAAGUGAUCUUUUUUAAAAGAAACAUUAGUUAAAAAAUGGCUGUGGCUGUCAGGACGUUUUCCAAAUUCACAGUUAGGAACUGUGGAGGUUUGUUACGUUCCCAAAUAAGGUUUAAUUAUACAGAUACUAGAAAAAAUUUGAAAAUUGAUUCCAAUACUAAAGUAAUAUGUCAGGGUUUUACUGGUAAACAGGGAACAUUUCAUUGCAAACAAGCCAUUGAGUAUGGAACUAAAAUAGUAGGUGGUGUUAGUCCCAAGAAGGCUGGUUCGGAACAUCUUGGAAAACCAGUUUUUAAAACUGUAAAAGAGGCUAAAGAAGCCACAGGUGCUACAGCAAGUGUCAUUUAUGUUCCUCCUCCAGCUGCUGCAUCAGCUAUUAUGGAAGCUAUAGAUGCAGAAAUGUCAUUAAUUGUAUGUAUUACAGAAGGUAUUCCACAACAUGAUAUGGUUAAAGUUAAAAGACGACUUUUAGAACAAAACAAAUCUCGUUUAAUUGGGCCAAAUUGUCCUGGAAUAAUAGCUCCAGAGCAGUGUAAAAUAGGUAUUAUGCCAGGCCAUAUACAUCAAAAAGGAAAAAUUGGUAUUGUGUCAAGAUCUGGAACUUUAACAUAUGAAGCUGUAAAUCAAACAACCCUUACUGGUCUUGGACAAACACUUUGUGUUGGAAUUGGUGGUGACCCUUUCAAUGGAACAGAUUUCAUUGAUUGUUUGGAUGUAUUCCUUAAAGAUCCAGAAUGUGAUGGUAUUAUAAUGAUUGGUGAAAUUGGUGGUAGUGCAGAAGAAUCAGCGGCGGAGUACCUCAUUGAAAAUAACACUGGUGGGAAGGCUAAGCCAGUAGUGUCAUUUAUUGCUGGUAUCACUGCUCCUCCUGGACGACGAAUGGGACAUGCUGGUGCGAUUAUUUCAGGAGGAAAAGGAGGCGCGCAAGAUAAAAUCAAUGCACUAGAAAAGGCUGGUGUAAUAGUCACGAGGAGUCCUGCGCAAAUGGGAAACGAACUUUUGAAAGAAAUGACACGUCUUGGCUUGGUGUGUAAUUAAAGACACAUGUCGCUAUAUAUAUAUGUAGUUUGCCUCAUGUGGAUGUAUCUUCGUACAAUAAAUUUAAAGUAUAAAUAAUGA